CUAAACAAGCGGGGACGUCGUCUUGUCCUCGAAGGGUUCAGAAAAGAGGCUUUGUAUCGAGCUUUUGCUGUUCUGAGUCAGUAGCGAGCGAUAGACAGGCACAAGGCCAGGCGGUCGUUAAUCAGCAAUGCGGGUUGCGACGCUGAUCUCUCUGGCGAGGCCGAUCGGCCCGGUGGUGGUAGGCAUCUCUCUGGGCUUCACUCUCAGCCUGCUCAGCGUCACAUGGGUGGACGAGAGCUGCGGUUACGGCGCCGUCGGUGUGACCGAGGAGGCGCCAGUGGCUGCGCCGGGAGGUGCGAAGGGAGCGCGCAAGCCGAGCUCGAUAGCAACGGGCAACGCCGAGGAGGACGACUUUCAGCCCAAAAUAGUGCCAUAUAACAAGCCCGAGCAGCAAGGGCCACCGAAGAAAGUUUUCAGAGCCAAGUACGCCAGUACGGAGCUGGGUAUUCAUGAGCGUCUCUUUGUAGCAGUCAUGACCUCCAAAAACAACCUGAACACGUUGGCUGUGGCAGUUAACAGGACCCUGAAUCACAACCUGGAUGGUCGCCUUAUCUUUUUUACUGGUUCUCACAACCGCAAAGUCCCUCACGGGAUGUUUGUGGUAGCCCACGGUCACGAGCAUCCUGUGCCCAAUAUGUUCCAGACGGUGCAUUACCUCCUGGAGCACCAUGUAGCGGACUAUGACUGGUUCUACAUACUUCAUGACGAUACUUACAUCCAAGCUGACAGACUGAAGACGCUGGUGGGUCACUUAAGCAUGAAUCUCCAGUUGUACAUGGGCCACCCAGGGGAGUUCAUUGGAGGUGAAGCUCAGGGAAGGUACUGUCAUGGAGGCUCAGGUAUCCUCCUGUCCAGAGCCUUACUGCUGAAGCUUAAGCCUUUCCUGGAGCAUUGCCGAACUGACAUUGUUAGUGUCAGGCCUGAUGAGUGGCUGGGGCGCUGCAUCAUCGAUUAUGCUGGCAUUAGCUGUGUGAAGGAGCAUGAGAAUCUUCAUUAUAAUUACUUUGAAAUGAAGAAGAACAUGGACCUGAGUGGACAUGAAAGCCUGGAUUUCCAGAAUGCGCUCUCGGUUCACCCAGUGAGAAGCCCGGAGCAGAUGUAUCGCCUGCACAGAUACUUCACAGAAAGAGAGCUACAGAAAACCUAUGAAGAGAUCAAGAAACUUCAGGUGGAGAUAAAGAACAUCAGCCACUUGGCUGUGGAUGGCAACAGAAGCGCAGCAUGGCCUGUUGGGGUCCCGCCUCCUUUCGAGCCCAAGAGUCGGUUUGAGGUGUUGCGCUGGGACUAUUUCACAGAAGAGCAGCUGUUCUCCUGUGCUGAUGGCUCGCCCAAGUGCCAGCUGAGCGGCGCUGACCGUGCCGAUGUGGAUGAUGUCAUUCGGGUUGCUGUGGCUGAGCUAAAUAAGAAAUACUCACCUGUGCUGCAACUGAGCGCCCCACAGUUAGUCAAUGGCUACCGCCGCUUUGAUCCGACCCGUGGCAUGGAAUACACACUUGACCUUCAGCUCCGGGCUGAGACGAAAUCAGGCUCGGGGCAGUCAGUGUCACGGCGUGUGCAUUUGCUGCGGCCCUUAAGUCGGGUAGAGAUCAUCCCGAUGCCGUAUGUAACGGAGGCCACACGGGUCCACAUUUUACUGCCCCUAACUAGUGCAGACUGUACCACAGUGGUUCGAUUCCUGGAUCGCUGCGUUUCAGGUCUGUUUGAGCCAGCUGAGAAUGCAAUACUAAGCUUCCUCUUCCUUUACGAGCCUGCAGAGGCACAGAAAGUGGCCACUGAUGAUGUCUUUGCAGAGGUCAAGGCAAAAGUGUCUGCAAUAGAACGGCGCUUUCCGAAUGUCAAAGUGCCGUGGAUCAGUGUGAAGACCGAGAACCCGGGGCUCCUGCGGGUGCUGGAUGUGGUAUCCAGGAAGCAUCCGGCAGACACUUUGUUUUUACUAGCAACUGCUGACACGGCGCUCAACUCCGAAUUCCUGAACCGUUGCCGUAUGAAUGCUAUAAGUGGCUGGCAGGUUUUCUUCCCCAUCCAUUUUCAAGAUUUCAACCCACGAGUUGCGAAUCCAGAUCAGGCUCUGCCUACGGCUAUGGAUUUAGUGCGCGAGGCGGGCCACUUCGACCGCUAUUCGUUUGAAGAGGCGUGCUUCUACAAUGGCGACUACAUGUCUGCUCGUUCGCACAUGGAAGCCGAUGUGCACGAGGAUGAGGAGCUGCUGGAGAGCCUGGAUACAUACGAUGUGUUUGUGCGCUAUUCAGGCCUGCACGUGUUCCGUGCUGUGGAGCCUGCUUUGCGCCAGGAGUACCGAAAUCACACGUGUGAUGCCCGGCUGAGCGAGGACACCUUCCACCGUUGCCUCCAGAGCAAACGGGAAAGCAUCGGCUCCCGGUCCCAGCUUGCCAUGCUCCUGUUCGAACAAGAGCAAGGCAACAGCACCUGAGCUCUUUCAUGAGUCGUGUUGCAAGAAUCCGAGACUGGCGAUGAGCUAGCAUAUUCUGUCCUGUGAGAUUUCAACAAGUCAUCCGAAACAAGAAGUUGCUAGGCAUCCUCUAAACAAGCCAACUCAGCAAUGGGCAGAAUGGAAACCUGUAUUUGAAGGAACUUGAACUUUCUUUUUUCCAGAGUAUAUGAAAACGUUGUGGAGGUUUUGACUGAAGGACGUCUCUGUGGUGGCCCUGACGGAAGCAAUAAGUGUCGUGGAGGAUAAUUUUUUUUUUUUUUAAUUUUUUUUAAAUAGCUAACUUUUUUUUUUUUUUUAAGUUUACAAUAAAACUAGAGACCUCAGAAAUGGUGGAAACCAUCUGGUUCAGCAUCCAGUCCCAAGAAUUUCCAAAUGCCUGUGUUUUUUGAAAUGUAUUUCUGUCUUGCGUUUCUUUGCUUGCUAUGUUUGUCAGGGGCCAACAUCCAGCUCUGUAUAACCUCUGUGCCUUUCAUCAUGGUACAAUGUAUUUCAUGACUUGUAAAGAGAAAAAUUGAGUGCCAUACUUGUUUUUUGAAUUGUGUUGCAUUUGCCUAAGUUGUAUUACUUGAGGAAAUGAGCAACGCAAAUGAUUUACAAGGAAAUGAAUGAAUGAAUGUGUGUGGGCGCUGACUGCCUGUCCUUGGCCUCUGUGGUACCAAGAUCUUGUUGAAUGAGAAUUAAUAUUAAAAAUAUUAUGUAGUGCAGGGGUCGCAGGCAAGCUGGAGCCUAUCCCAGCUGACUAUGGGCGAAAGGCGGGGUACACCCUGGACAAGUCGCCUGCGACCCUGUAGAAGGAUAAAGCGGCUAGAGAUAAUGAGAUGAGAUGAGAUUAUGUAGUGCAGUAUAUAUUUAAUAGGUAGCUGCUACAGCUGUUAAUGAAAGGUGGACCUGCUGAUGUACACUGAACAUUCUGGGGUUGACCGAUGAGUCACUUGAAACUCCUAUGAAGGGGGGGGCCUACAGGCAUACAGGGUUGUUUUUUUUUUUUGUUUUUUUUUUUUUGUCAUGUAUUACUUUCCUUCAAAUAGCAUUUUCCCCACCACGAAUAAUAACAGUACAAUUCAAACAUUGAGAGCAAAUGUUUAUGUACAAUACACAGGCAUUAAAGAAGCUACACUAACAGAACAAAGCUCAAUGCAUAUAGAUAACGUGGCACAAUCCUUUCAGGAGAUUAUAGGCUAUCGCUGCGUUCAUGAUAACUUGGAAUUUUUCCACCUUGAAUCUCCUACUUCCCUCAUUAGAAAGUGUUCAUGCGAAUUCAGCUGUCUGAAGUUGGAUAUAUUCUAUAAAACUCAAAUUCAUGAGUUGUUUGGUUAGUGCUUCGUUUAUUUCCAAAGUGGUGAUUUGCAUUUCAAUUUUCAAAGCCUCAGCCAGUAUUAAUAACCUUAUCUCUCACACACGUGCAUUUCUUUUCUUUUGCUUGCUUUUCAAGUAAGAAAGAUGAGCACUGCCAUCUUCGAGUGACGAUGUCACGGAAUCGCAACUAGAAGAAGUCGGAGCUCUCGGAAAACAUUCGACUUUCCAAGUGAAUCGGAGAGUUAUUCAAUUCAGAAAGUUCCUGCUUAAUCAUGAACGCAGCAGUAUAAUAUCUGCCAACCUUUAACAAGGUAAAACUGAUGAUGUCCCCUGAAGUUGGAAUUCCUACUAGGAACGUUGGGAAGGUGUCCUCAAGUCACACUUUUAACUACAGAACUUUAAGUCAAUUGACCGAUACAGUAGCUGAUUAAGUCUUUAUCGAAACAGCAGACAGUAUGGUCAAUAUUGAAGUAAAUACACCAUAAACUCAUGAUCACUAAUGGUUUACUAAUCAGUAGUCGGUUGUGAGUUCAAAUCUCAGCACCACCAAGCUGCCAAGGUUGUCUCGUUGAGCAAGACCCUUAACCCUCAACUAUCUGGUUGUGUCUUGUCUUAUUUGUAAUAAGUCAUUUAUUUAUAUUAUAUAUACACGUUAUAAAGUUAUUCCACAAAAUCGAGUCGUACAUGAGCUGAUGGCUGACGAGGCGCGUAGUGCUGAGUUGGCUGUAAACCAUGCACUUGGACAAGAUUGAGUGGAAUAGCUGGUUUAUUCUAUCCACAGUGACUGGAUUUUGAGAAAUAGAGCAUUAUUUUUUGCAAAUUCGAUAGAUACAAAAUGUCUGACAAAAUCAUUUCUGCUUAGAAUGUAAACAAACCAGCAAAAUGAUGGUAGCAGUUUGUGAAAAAUGCUAUAAUUCUUGAAAAAUAAAAAAAGAUACGUUCUUACCAUCAAA